UUGCUGAGUGGCCGGUCCCUUCUCCUCCUGCUGGCUGCUCACAGAUGAUAAGAUGCUAUCUGAUUGUGAGAGACAAGUUUGGUAAGACUGACAUCAGAAUGAGAAGGGGGGUGAGACGAGGGAGUGAAAACAAAUUUUGUAGAAAAUUAAAACUGGAGAAUAUGGGAAAGAGCUGGAGAAAACUUAACCGUAUAUAAGAGGGGAGGACUAAGAAUAUUAGCGUAGUACAUUACAGCUGAUGGUGGACAGAGAGGAUGGGGAACUGAUAGAGACAAAGUGGAAGUGGAGAGCGAAGGAGAGGUGAACAGAUAUUUUGGGAGUUCAGAAGGACUGAUGGAUUUAGCUUGUGCAAGAUACAGAUAGACUGAAAGCAAAGGAGACCAGACUUGACCAAGGGAAAAGUGACAAUUUUCGGUUGAAACUCAAGAAAAAGGACCGUUACAAUAGACCUGUCUAGCAGGAGGUUACUUGGUAGCGUGUGCUAGGAUAUCUCCAGUAAUGGAUUUCACCCCCCUGUCAGGCCAGGAGACCCUCUCCCAUUACCCUGACUCAUCUCUUAUGCCACCCUCAGAUGAAUCUGAGUUCUUCUAUGGACUGGGGGGUGAUGGAAGUCCGUCUCACUAUGGGGGAUCUCUUGGUGCCAGAGCAGUGGGGGGAUUCAGGCAGUCUCCAGUGCUCCAGACAUUCACCUCUCACUGGUCAGAGACACCUGGACAUUCACACAGUGUGACCACUUAUGGGAGAAAUCCAGGAACCUAUUCCUUCUACCCUCAAGGUGUUACCCAAUUAGGUUCUCUAUCCACUUCCCCGCUAUACUCAUCUGCUCAGUUCCUGGUGGCUCCAGCCCCUUCUCUGGAACGUGAAGGAAGCCCCAAAUUCUUGGAGACUCUGAAGACAGAGAGGAUGAGCCCUUUAGCCUCUGAGCUUUUGACAUUAGAGCCAAAAAGUCCCAGCAGCCAAAGUCUACAUCAGAUGGGAUAUCUAGGAGGAGGGGGGCAGGACAUGAACACGAGUCUAUUCCAGAUAUCAGAGGAUCGUGAGUGUGUAAAUUGUGGAGCUACUGUAACUCCCCUUUGGAGACGGGAUGUUAGUGGUCAUUAUUUAUGCAAUGCAUGCGGUCUUUACCAUAAGAUGAAUGGACAAAAUCGCCCACUGAUUCGUCCCAAAAAACGACUGAUAGUCAGUAAGAGAGCUGGGACACAGUGCAGCAACUGCCAUACAACAACCACAACGCUGUGGAGACGCAAUGCAAGUGGCGACCCUGUGUGCAAUGCCUGUGGGCUGUACUACAAGUUGCACAAUGUGAAUCGCCCACUGACAAUGAAGAAAGAUGGUAUUCAAACCCGAAAUCGCAAAGUCACCAGCAAAUCCAAAAAGAAGAAGCAGAUGGAAGUUCCCUAUGACUUACCCAAAGGGGUACAAGAGGAAUCAGCUCUGUUCUCCCUGGCACCUAUUCUCAUCUCCAAUCAGAUAUCCCCAAUGGGAUCCAUGAUGCCCUAUGCUCCUCAGCCUCACUUAAUGACAUCCCCAAGGACCCCCCAAGGAAUCAGUUACAGACCACACAUGGUCACAGGGGCCACAUCUGCAUUCAGCUAACACAUAGGGACAGCUAGUAUCACCUUCCAAUGGGACACUGCCAGCAUGUAUAGGAUCAGCUUACUUUUUACAGGAAUAUGGCUAGUUCCCAUAAAGAGAUACAGACUGGAACACUGCCUGCCCCAAAGGACACUGCCAAUUAACCCUCUCCCUGCCCAGACCAUUAGCUGCCAUUCCCUCUGUCCUCUCACCACCCUUUGAUAUUGGGUGCCAGAUGCCUCAUUUUAUAAUUUUCUGUUUCCCACUGCAGGAAACCCCACUUCUCAGGUCAUUGUCAUAGUCUCAUAUAUAUAUAUAUAUAUAUAUAUAUAUAUAUAUAUAUAUAUAUAUAUAUAUAUAUAUAUAUAUAUACACACACAGUCAUAGUCAAAAUAUUGUCAUCCAUGCAUUUCUGUCAGAUAAUGCACCAUUUUUCCCAGACAAUUGUUGCAAUUACAAAUGUUUAGCCAUUCUUAUGUUUAUUUAUUUUGAUUGUAUUGGUAUGACACAAAAAAAUUGUAGAAAAAAAGUCAAACCUGACACAUUGACGCAAAACUCUUGGAAAAAAAUAACUGAAAUCAAUUGUUUCCUGUAACCAUCAAUGAGUUUCUUGCACUUCUCUACUGGAAUUUUGGACCACUCUUCUUUUGCCAACUGCUCCAGGUCUCUCAGAUUGGAAGAUUUCUUUUCCACAACUGCUGUUUUGAGAUCUCUCCACAGGUGCUCUAUGGGAUUGAGAUCUGGACUCAUUGCUGGACAGUUCAGUACUCUCCAGUGCUUUGUCUUAAACCAUUUCUGGGUGUUUUUUGAAGUGUGCUUUGGGUCAUUGUCCUGCUGUAAGACCAAUGGCCUUUGAUGGAGACCCAACUUUCUGACACUGGGCCCUACAUUGCACCACAUAAUUGUCAGUAUAUGGCCGGGUUAUAAUACUAUAUAUUUAAUAAUUAUUCUUUAAAACAAACCCCCAAUAAAAUGCAUAUACAAAACAAUCAAAA